CGCAUUUGACAGUAAAGUUCAUAGUGCUGUUGUUUUGCCUGGUGUAUUCGUUUUUUUAAUUUAAAAAGCUGAAGUGAUGGCUUUGUAUUCUUAUAAUGGAAGCGAAGAUACAAAAACAAAUAAUUGACUUCUACUCUUUCUUCGAAGAAUUCCACAAUUCGACUAAAACUUGUUUGAAAGAUUGCCAAAGCUGCGCAAUAACUAUAAAUAAAUUUGUCGUUCGUUGCAAGAAGAUAAAAGAAACUGAAGUGAGUGGUACGCCAUUAGAGGAGUUCGAAGGUUUGCAAGGGAAGCUCACCGCGAUUCUGCAUAACCUUAUUUCUGAGGAGAUAAAGGAAAUAAGAAGCAAUCUGUCAAAGUUAGAAGAUUUAUUUGAAAAACUGUGUAAUAAACACAAGGCGUUACAGGAGAGCUGUAAGGAAGUAAAUUUUACGCAACAAACACUACUUGUCAAAGGCACUCCCUUCCAACCGUCACUGAAAGUUCUUUUAGACUUUGCUGAAGACAUUAUCACAUUUGGCAGUGAAGCCUGUGCCUUAAUCUACACAUCUUUAGAAGUCCUCUCAUUUAAAGGACUUAGCACUGAUCCUCUUGUUGAAAAUUUCAAGAUAUCACCUUUGUGGCAAAAAAGGAUAACUGAGAUCUUAGGAUAUACGUCAUUUAUAGCAGAAAAUCAAAUUUAAACCAUGGAUUUUUUAGAUUCUAUUCUCAAUUCUAUGCAAAAACCUCCAUCAACCAGCGAAGCCCAAAAAAAUGCCAUGAAGAAACAAAAGGAAGCCAUGGAGCGUAAACAAAACGAACAUAAGAACAUGCUGAAUAAGUUCAGAAAACGGACUGAGGAAAAAAUAGCUGCAUUCAUUAAAGAUGGUACAAAAAAGUACUUACAGUUUGAACCUAUGGAACAAAUGUAUAGAUCUAUUAUUAGAGAUGUAGCUGAGACCGCUGGCGCUCAAGUUUUUUCAUUUGGGCAAGAGAGUGUAGAUCGUUAUUCAAUAGUUUAUACAAAAGAAAAUGGUCCAACUGAAGAUGAAUUGACAGUACGUAAAGCUGGUGGUGUUUGGGAUGACGAAAAAGCUGCAGAUAUGAAAAAAACACGUGAAGAAAAUGAAAAACAGGCCGCUCUAGAUUCUGAAGACGAUAAAAAUAGAAAACGUAAGCGUGGUAAAGAAGAAUUAAGCGGAACUCACUAUAAACAGAAAUAUGCUCAUCUUAUCGGACAAGAAGCAGCAAUAGACGCUGCACAAAAAACUAAUAUGAAUAAAAGUUAUGGAGAAGUUCCUAGCGAAAAUAAAAAAGAUUUAAGGUCUAUUGAGCAAACUAUGGCAGAUAUAAAAGCUAAGAAAAUGAAAAAGGCUGAGAACGAGGGUCCUGAAGACGUCCAAUCUUAGUACAAAACUGAUUGUUAGCUAGGUAAUAUAAUCUUUAUGAAUCUUGCAUGCUUAAACUUAAUUUUAGUCUCCUUAAACAUGUUACUUUGUAUAAUACGUUACUCAGUAAGAUAUGUUAUAUGUAGCAAAUGUGUUUUAUCUGUAUUCAAACAUAAUGGGUGUGUAUAGGAGUCUUCAUAAAACCUAUCUUCUGCAUAGGCACCCUUUCUAUGAUUAAAUUUGAUGUGCGUGUGUCUUCAACACUAGCCUUUAGGUGAAGUACAUCAGACUUUGUGUUAACCAUAAGAACAUAUUUCAUUUAAAUCUUAAAUUGAUUAAUGGUCAUUUCUUGAAUUUUACAGAAGUAGUUAUAUUUAUUAAUUAGUAUCAAAGAAACAAUACUUUUUACGUUGACAGUGUUCAUCCUACUGUUGUGUUAUUCUUUUUAAUUGAAAUUGUAUCAAUUAAUGAUUGUCACCCCUUGUCUGAUCCUGAGAGCCAUCUUUAGCAUUUACGGUUCAAAUUUGUAUUCUGUCUUUCAGUAAGUUUAUGAUAGAGCAAUUUAAACACUUUCCUAAAACAUCAUUAAACUCACAGGUUAUAGGUUGUUUAGCACUUUUCUUCACACUUAUUUAAGCAAAAGUUCUGUUAGGGGGACAGCAGCGAUCGGAAACUGCGUCUCUUCUGAGUCGAGGCGCAUAAUUGCGGUUCACAACUGGCCGAUCGGAAACUUUUGACAUUUCAAAUCGGAACAAUAGUUUAUUUAACUCACAAAUUAGAAAGAUAUAGUAGGAAUCAAGUUUAUCUUCUCGCUCACAAAACCCAUCUGAUUUCGAGACUCGAAUGGGCUACACGAUCGGAUCCUUUCCGAUUUGAAUUAAAAUCAGCUUGCAGGUAACAUAGGGCAUUGACUGUACAAAAUUCUGUUAUAAAAUUGCAUUCAUUUUUAUACCCAGUGUAACAAAAUUAAUGAGAAUAAAUAAGGCAUUCAAAAGUGCGAGAUAACGAAGAAGACAUAAUUUUUUACUUAAUUUCGUGGUAACCCAGGGAACAUGACUAGAAUUCCUCACCUUUACUGGAGAUUGUUAUAUGGUCUUCAUCAAUAUUUGUAUAAGAUAUUAGGGUUAUUUCUAAAAUGCUGACAUCCUCUCAGGACUACAUUACUAACAUAUUAAACAUCAACUUUUUUCAAUCAUCAUCAACUCACUCUUAAAGUGAUAGUCCCCCACGCUAGUGCAAUGCGGGGUUGGGCACUUCCCACGUUUUUCGAGCGUUGUGAACCUUUUUCGACGUGCAGGUUUUAAUCACGAUGUGUUCCUUCACUCAAAAGCUCAUAGUACAUUUCAAAUAAAAAUUCGCACAUAAAUUCCUAAACAAAAAAACAGAAGUGCAAGUCCAGAUUCGAACGCACAGCCUCUGCUCAAGAGGCUGUAGGUCAAACCGUUACGGUCAUCAGAUUUUAUUUUCUACAAAAACUCGUGAAGCUGCGGUAACAAAAAAUCGCCUGCGUAAAUACCCGUCCAAUGCAAAACGCAGGAGCGGGGACGGGAGACAUCGGGGAAGACGCUUGCAUCUUACUACCAAAUCUUAAUACAGAUUUAAAAAGAGUCGUAUAGUACAACAAAAAUUUUAAUAUAUUGUAAAAAGUCAUGAAUGAGUAAUGUACUCCGACAAGGUUGUUGAUAUUUUACAAAUAUCCUGUAUAUUAUAUGUAUGAAUAAAGUACCAAAUUAUCGUUUUUUAUAUACAUGAAUAUUUUUAUAAUAGAUACAAUUAGAAAGUAUUUUUUAACACAUCCAAAACGGCUGGGCAACAAUUAGUUGAUUCACCCAAGUACCUUUAUUUGUUACUUAAUGUAUGAUAUCCUCUGAUUAUAAAUGUAAGUUUGUGUUAAUGUAAUAAAUGCUUUAUUAAAUUUAUAGUAAUAUUGUUCAAAGACUGCUUCUUGUUAAAGAUAUUAUAUACAUCUAACAGCACAGGUAGAGUCAACAUUACCCGUGAAUCCAGUUGAUGUACUAAGUACGGUGGUAACUCUACUGUGCCCUCAUAAUAAGACUUUACCUACUUGGGUAAUGUUGGCAGUUCCUGGGCAAUGUUGACUCUAUUCACUCGGCAAAAAUUGCCCGCAAUAGAUAAUAUCAUAAAUUGCAAUAUCAGCUUUACCAAACUUAUAAUACAACUAAAUAGACGGAACUGGUAUUUUCCUCCACAUAUGUGGAUACCUAUAUCAAAGUAGAUAGAUAAUUUAGCUAAUUAAUUAUUGACUUAUUGUUUGGUACAAAAUAUAAAAAAAU